CCUGACUCUAGUUUUCUUCUCAUCCGCGUGUCGGUAGACAAUCUGCUGCACGCCGAGGUCGGACCUGACAGUGAAGUUUCUCUAGCUCGGACUGCCCUUUGGCUCCCGUUUCCACAGCUAUUGUUUUCGUACUUCAUUAUCGAUUUUUCUCAUUUUUGUCAACGUGCUCUCUGUUCUCUUCCUCGUGAUCUGCUCCAUGAGAGUCACUUGCUCCACAAACUUUCCGCUCGUUUUCGUCGCGUUCCAGUGCUACGAAAUCAAGAGACUUCACUGCGAGUCCCGGUUGCCUCCAACUCACUUCCGUUUAUCAGGCAGCGGUACUUCCAUCAGAUCAAGAACCGCUACGAGUUAGACUAAUCCUUUAGAAUUUGAAGGUAUUCCUUUUAACGUAGUUGUUUGUGACUUUUUCGGUGCACUUUCUCUUUCCAACUCGUAGUCGGUGCUCCCCAGAAAGAGACUGAUUCAAAUGCACAGACUGAAGCUGUUAGUGGAACCCUUUGAAAACGUUUGCGGAUUAUCACCCGUCACGCAUCCGUGAACCGCAGCAGUCUACUGCGAUUUGUUCCUUUGCGUCUCAAUGCAGUUCUACUGGUUAUGCUCUUUCGUCUGUAGUCGAUCUCCCAGAACCCCUCGCCUCAACAGCCAAGCCGUUCAGGUACACGCACUUUCUCCCCCUUCGAAUCUCCAGCUGCCCUGUGUCUCUUGACGUUCUUCGCGAUCCUAUCACCUGCCUCUUCGCAGUGUACAGAGCGGCUGCGAAGCCGGGGGGUCACCUGUAUUCUCAGGAACUCAAAAAGACGUCUUCCCGCCUCUCUCGCCUAUCCGGUUCCUUCACUGUCUCUACCACAGGGAACUGGACGGGACUAUCAAGUUUUUCCAGGCGAUUUGUUUCGUGUGUGAUUUCCGGGGUUCCUGUUUUCACUGGCUGCUUAUGUCUCGAGGACCAGCACGCCAAACGCAGCGCUUGGCAACCAAGAUUACGUUUUCUCCUGAGACAGGCAGCGCAAAAUGAGUGGACGCAGGCGCGUGAAGAAUGUCGCCUACGACGAAGAUGAGUGGGGAUUCAACGACGACGACUGGGAUGAAGAUGACGACGACUACGAACCGGAAGUCCCUGCUCGUCCUGCUGCUGCACUGAGGAAAUCCACGUCUGCUGGAGCCUCCGGCCGGGUUCCUGCAAUGAAAACGCCUUCGAGGCCGUCUGAGAAGAAUGUGAAGAACGGAGCCGCUUCGACUCGAUCUGGUGAGGAAUCUAGCCGUGGCAAGCGAUCCCAGGGACCCCAGCAGUCUGGGAACAGCGACUCCAAGUUCGUUAAUUGUAAAAGCAGCGAGGCGUAUCACACUCAGAACAUAUUUGCACCAAACGCAGAACCUUUAAGUGCCUCUUCCGGGACGGCGACUGCCAAGCCUCAUGAACCGCGGAAUGGCUCUGAAGGUCUCGAUUCACCUGCUUCGCGCUCGGCGGCUGUACGGACACCCGGAAGACCCAAGCCGCUGACGCUGGUCGUCGUGGGCCAUGUGGAUGCGGGCAAGUCGACGCUCGUAGGCCAGUUGCUUCGUUCGACAGGCACAGUGGAAGAAAAUGUCGUCCAGAAAAUGAAAAAGCUAAGCGGAGAAGCUGGCAAAGGCUCCUUCUUCCUCGCGUGGCUCUGCGACGAAGGAGACGACGAGAGAGAGCGCGGGGUCACCGUCGAUGUCAGCAUCCGCGUUGUCGUCACUCCAAACACCGGGAGACGCCUCGCCCUCGUCGACGCUCCCGGCCACAGGGAAUUCGUCUGCAACAUGCUCGGAGGCGCAGUCCUGGCGGAUGUAGCUCUCCUUGUUGUCGACACGGCGCGUUUCGAAGCGGGUUUCGACGGGCAGACGAAGGAACAUCUUCUGAUUGCGAGAUGCCUGGGGAUUCAACACUUCCUGGUGGCGUUGAACAAAAUGGACGAGCUAGCUUGGAGCGAGGAGAUGUACGCCAAGACCGUCGAGCGGCUCCGCGCAUACAUGGUUGGCCUGGAGAUGAACUGCGCUCCCGGCCAGAUUUCGUUUGUGCCAAUCUCUGCCUUUCGUGGAGUCAACGUUGUGAACGCAGACGCACUGGCGGCCAUAGAGAAGGCGCGAGCAGAAGGCGCGGGAAAGAGAAAGCCGGAUCCUCGAAGCGUCGCAGACGCUGAGGAACGAGAACGCCACAUGCAGGCUCUAGCCAGCUGGUGGACAGGCCCAACUGUUCUGGAGGCAAUCGAACACCUCGAGAUACGUUCACGCAGCGAUCAGCAGAAGCUGUUGUCAGAGCCUUUCGCAGCGUGCGUGGCGGACGCAUGGUCGCCUUCGGCCUCUUCCGUCGACGUCCAUCUUUCCUUCAAAGUUGUCCAAGGGGUCUUGCGCGUUGGAGACACUGUGGUGGGCCUCCCGGGAGAGACGCCCAUGGUGUGCCGGUCGCUAGUGUCUUUCGGCGAGACGCGAGAGAGUUGCGAGAGCGGAGACAUCGUGGAGAAGGGUGUCUUCUCACCCGGCAGUCACGGCAGUCACGCGGUGAUCGACGUGAGUGUAGGAAGCGUUUUGUGUGCUCGAUCCCACCUUCUCCCCGUCACCACAGUCUGCCGGUGCCGGCUGAUGGUGUUCGGUACAGACCUUCCGCUGGUGCAGGGCAGGCAGUUCGUUGCCCACAUUCACACGUUUACCGGCGCAUGCACAAUCCGGAAAAUCGUGGGCGUGAUCAACAAAAAGACUGGCAAGUUACAGGGAGCAUCGGGAGAGAAAAGGGCCGCUUGCGCCGCGCUCGGACGCGGGAUGGUGGGUCUCGUCGAAAUUGCCACGGCGACCAGCGUGGCCGUGCAGGUGAAGUCGACAGCCGGGAAUCAAGACGGCAAGGACGCUCCGACGUCCGUCCUCUCUCAUAUUAUUAUAAGGGACAGAGGGAAAACCGUCGCGGCCGGGGUAAUUGUCGCAACUGCGUAGUUCGUCUCGGUGGAACGGUGCUCAGAUUCUAACGGUUUCACUGGUAUGCCCUGCCAUCCAUGAGCACACAACACUGCAGCCUGUGCAGAUCCACGGCCAAAGGCACUGGUUCCGUUGUGAGCUGUUGAAAGCACUUUUUCCUCCGGAGGUUCUGAUGACCGCCGUCUUACUGGGCUGAGACUUUGAUCAAGUCAUUGAUGCUCCGCCCGGAAAGCAACUGGCGACAAGCCGGCGCUGGAGAACAAAUACAGUUGUUGGAAACACCCGACUCUGUGGUGCGAAGGUCGCCAACCACGGUGCAUGCACAUGUGGUCGCGAUCCCUCUGGCGUUUUCCUUGCAGCGCCGUCCGCCGGUUUGGAGUGGAGAUUCGUGUUUUACACAGUGUGGCAGGGAUACGUGUCUGUCUACCAUGGCACCCGUGGUUCAUAUGCGGGGACCACAAGUCCCGCGAAGGUUUCGAGCAGCCCCUUGUAAAGCUGAUUUGCAGCCAUGGAAGGUAUCUUCUUGCCUGAGCCAAAGUGGCGGUUGCGGCGCAUUCCAGUUGAAAAAGUGAUACGGAAACCGAGUUGUUUCGAGACUCGUUCUCGAACGAAACCGAAGUUUUUUCGGGAAGGGUUCACAUCUCGGUGACCAGUGCACAAGAAUUACUCGGUGCUAACUACAGGCGACCAGACGAUUCCGGCAUAGUAAUAGGCUUUUCGUAGUGAGACGCGUUCACAGCAUGCAAAAGAACGUCUUAGGGACACGGUUGAAUUUUCGACCAAAUAGUGGCUCAUCCAGACUGCAUGGCCUCGCAUGUUCGGGCAGCGCCGAGUAGAGCAUUCUCCAGGGUUAAACGUUUUCUUCGGAGUUCGCUCGAUUAUACUGCUACAAUAGUUCCUUAGUAACGGGGCGUCAUAUCGUCUCUUCAUGAGUUCCGCAGUGGCGUGAGACCAGCGCGUGAUGGGGAAUCCAGGUGGUUCCAAACAGGCGACGGGUGGAAUGUUUUCAGGGGCGUGCGGAACUAUGGGUUCGAAUAAAAAGUCUACAGCCAAUAUGUGGCACACGGGAAUGCUUCAGCGCAAGACAACUGACUAAACUACAGACGGAGAUCUAUACUACACACGCAUGGAAAGGUUUUUACAACAAACGCUGCAUGAGAUGACAUAGGUGAGGCAUGGAAAACAUGCGGUGCCUCGUUUGUGAUUGACCCGGACAGGCAAUGAUGCAUUCCCUCCUCGACGGAUUGACAGCAAUUUCUCAUCCACUGGAAGGAACAGCCGCCACAACCAGUCAUGGUUCUGUAGCUGUUCAUGGCUUGAAUGAGUUCGUAAAGCUCUCAAGGGUGCCGCGAUCGGAACGCGGGACUAUCUUAUACAGGGGCUGUGAUGCUACUUGACGGUACCGCCCUUGCGGACUCCCGUUUGCUUCAACGGGGUGCACGACGUCAGUCCAAGGUCGAUUAGUUUCCAGUCUGAGGAAAAGAAGACAGACAGCUUAGCACAACUUUUAGAUACUGUGAAUCGUCGCACCUGUCCUGUAAUCACUCCUGCCUCCAACUGGUAUUUCGGAGCGCUGAUGGCAAGUCAGUGACUUCAUGAACGGUUGCCUCCGCUCCACCCAGAAAUGUAAAGGGUCCCUACGCAAGCUCAUGUUCUGCCCACAAGCCUGCCCUCUGAAUAGCACGGAGCCUUACGGCCUGGUCACAGAUAGAAAAACACCAGAAUCUUCAUUUGCUCAUUCAACAUGUAGUGAGCACAAAAGCAAUGGCCGACUACCGUGGCGAUCACUGCCGCUGAAGGGCAACACAGAUCUCUUUCUGCUGAGAGGUUCAGGGUCCACGAGCGGCCGUGACAAAGGACCUACAUUCUGACGCAACAGACAGACAAAUUUUGACAACAAAAGAAGGUAAAAGCCUACUUGUUUGCGGAAAACGUGGGGAAACUGCCUGCCAGUUAGUGCGUAAUCGGUAGCUUUUUAUGACACGUACGUACUGCGAACAUCGAGAAAAAUUCAACGACUUCGCGUCUGAAAAGAACGGGCGAAACACGGAAGCGAAACCAGUAACAGCCAUGCCGCAGAAGAACAAAUGUCACGCCACACACACAGCUACGAUGUGCAAGAAAUCAAAAAAGGCAGUGGCAAGCCACAGGAAUGCGUCUCUCAAUAGAAAGACGCGAAAUGAGUAUCUGCAGCUUCCGUACUUGCUGUGAAAUUGUCGUAAAGAUGAGUUGAAGGCUGCAGUCACUAUGUAUUUGGCAGGGGCACUACAUGGGAAGCGAUCUUUCAUGCUCGAACCUGUUUUCCCAAGAACGUUUACUUUUCUCGUUCAACUUAACCCGUUCUAUCUACUUGAAAAAGAGACCUUUGCACGUACAAGCUGGCGUAUGAGGGGGACACACACACACACCCAGAUCGACAAGCAGAAUGAACCGGCUGGAGAGUCUGAAGGGAUCCAAACUGUUGCUGUUACGCCACCGUGCAAUCUGCUUGUCAGUCCCCUCGCGAUAUGGUCUAAAUCAGGUUCCGGGGCAACAAAGCGUACCAUCUUUUAGCCAAAGACAUGACAGGUAGCCAGAGUCCAGUGUGAGUUCCGAUUUCAAAGUCCUUCGGAAGUGACGUCAGCCGCCUGCAGCUGGUCCGCUGCAUUAGUCGAUAUACACUGGUGGCAUCUAUUUGCUCCUUCUGCGACUAUCGACUUGAGUGAGGCAGUCGUCGACCCAUGGGUUCUCCCAAAAAACCGCAACCUGCAACCUCAUCUCCAGAACGUUGGAGUUGCACAAUCUUUGUUUCCCCCAGUCGACGACUUCUUACCGACUGGGAACAGCAGUUCGAGACACUCGAGAUCGUAAACACAAUUAUCAAGCCGCAGUCAACAGCAGUGGCUUUCUCUAUAUUCGUGUCUUCUUUAGACAGUCACACUUCACUGCUUCCCCCCGGGUCGCUGCCACCCUUACCUCCCGUAUCACAAGCAGCAAUCCUAAGACAGAACAAAACCUACCAACUGCAAUGCAGUUGCAUGCAGAAUCACCCAUUCGUGUAAAUGAGAACAGGUACCACUUCUUUUGAAUGUACCAACACUUCCCCUUGCUCAAGGCACUGUGGCGUUCGCCGCAUGCGCAAAGUGAAACAAGCAUCGGAGACGACAUCGUGUUUUUCUGUGUGAAGCCCUGGCGCGUUUCAUUGCUUACUAGCUGGAGGAGCAUUUGCACAGAGACACACACGCUUUACGCAGUGGGCGUUAAGUGAUCUCCCGAGCAUUUUGAAAGCACGAACCUGAAACAGAAUCGCACAUCUGCAACAACUCCAACCUGCCUUCGAUGGAACCAGACACUAUGCUGGGUGCUGGGAGUUCCACCAUUCAGCCUUACAGUCUGCAGCAACGCGCCACACCAGAUUUCAGGACGUUUUCUGCCUACCGAAGAAGGGAAUUACAUGAGCGUUGCGAAAAGCACCUGAAAAUCAACGAGGUUCCCAGACCACGUCGUUGAGACUCACGAUCUGCGACAAAAUUGGAUCGGAGAGAAUGUUUGCGGUUUAGGGACUCUCUCAGAGACCCACACACAUCAAAAUCACAGUAUAUUCUUUUUGACUGGUACAAUGUGAACGAAACGAGCAGUAGGGUAGCUCAUCAACGCGUGCUAAAAUGUGCGCUUACGACCUGUGCGAAGAACGAUGGAUGCAAACCCACAAGACAAAUUCCUAGACUUAUUCUGGCUUACAUACUACCGUUUGGACGUUGCGACGCAUAGUAAUUCCUUCGAAAGGACCGCUGGGCUUGGAGCAGCGGCCCCCAGUAGAGAUUAAAGACAGAUAAGAAUCCAACGUGCCAGAAGCCCAGUUCUGUGAAUACCAGAAAUCAUAUUUUUGCUGAUUAUUCGUGAGGCCCCUGUGGGGCUUCCGCGGCGUCACAGGUAUACAGGCCAAAGCGUACUUCCUGGAUUUUGUUUUACACGCAGGUGGUUGCAUGACAAUUCACCUGCUGCCACAGCGACGUCAGAGAGUACGGCAGCUGUAGGCAGACUAUUUCGAUGCUCACUUCCUGAAGAAACAAAGCAAUGGCAGGGGAGACAACCAUACCCGUGAAGAAAUUGGUAAGACAUUUCUUUCUCUAACCAAAGCACACUCCAUGCAUCGAGCUUCAAAGAUAAAUGCGACGCAGCAUAGAUAAGAGGACUUGACCUUACCAACUACAAACGGAGCAACAAGACACAACCACCCAUAAAUGAACUCGUUCCACGGGAGAAACUCG